AUGCAUACAGGAUGGGGAGCCGAUGACUGCUCUGCACCCGUGAACCAGUGUGUGUUGAAUCCCUGUGACCCGGAGGGGACCCUGUUCUGUGAAGAGCUGCCGAACGGCUUCAGAUGCGUCUGCCAACACGGGUACAUGGGGCGGCUGUGCGAAAUCCCCAUAAGUCACUGCGUCGAUGGGCUGUGUCAUCGCGGAUCAAAGUGUGUGGAUCUACCGAGAGGAUUCAAGUGCCAUUGUUUACCCGGUUUAACGGGACAAUUCUGCGACGUGAACAUAGAUGACUGUGAAGAGAAGCCGUGCGGUGUUCUGAGUAUUUGCAAAGACACCGUCAACGGCUACAAUUGUUUCUGUGCACCUGGAUUCAUUGGUAAUAACUGUGAAGUGGAGGUAAACGAGUGUCUGAGCCAGCCCUGCCACAACGGAGCUUCCUGCUCUGAUGAGCUCAACGCAUUCAGCUGCUUAUGCCCAAUCGGAGUCACAGGACGUUGA